AUGUAAGGACUUGAUUCUCAUUGCCAUGGUGGAUAUAAUGAAGAGAUGUGUGCAUACCUAUAAGUAUAAUACAAAGCAGUAUACCUAUAAGUAUAAUACAAAGCAGUGUGGCAAGUGCCAAUUGAGUAGGUAUAUAGCUAUGUUCCACUAGCUUUUCAUUAGAAACUAUAAGACUAGAAGUAGAAAUAAUCCUUAAAUGUAUUCCCAGAUACCAGAAAGUUUUAAUAGAAGCUAAUACCUUAGGUCUGUCAUAAUUACUUGCACAUUAUAGGUGAUCAACACAUGUCAUGAAUUGAACUAAAGCUAAAUGUACCAGAAAAUAUACCAAUGGGGGUUGAAAAGAGAGGAGAUAAGACUGGCAGAGAUUGAGUUACACCUUGGGAGGGUGAAGAAGAGGUCCUAUUAAUGAUUAGACAGAAAAGAGACAAAGCAGCAUGGAGGGAAACACAUAUGUCACCAGGCAGUAAGUAAACACCUGACACAGUAAGUCAGGUCAGGGCCAAGAGAGUGGCACAAGCUAGUUUGGGGCAGAGGUACAGUGUCCUCAGAGGCUCUAGGGACCAGGGCCUCUAACAUGAGCAGUCUCCUAAAGAGAACAAUGUGUGGACAAGAAAGAAAAUUAUUCUAGCUUCUUAUUUCCAAAUUAUUUUGAAAUCAGAUAACUCUCAGGCUUUCUUUUAGGGCUUUCAGUUGAGUGUGCUUACUGAACUUUUAGGAUUUGACUGUCUCCACUGCACCCUUGUAUUUUUCCAUCUCUUCACAGACAACUAACUUCAAGUAGAAAAUCCACAAAUAGAAAAAAAAAGUGUUAAAGUCAAAUAAACAUUUGUAAUAACACUAUGAUAUAAGUGAGCUUCAGUUUAAAUUAAUGAACCAGUAAAUACAUGUGAGUAAUAUAUUACCAGAUUUUUCCCAGAUUUCUAAGAUUUUAUUCCUGGCAGUUUUCAGAUAAGGAGAAAAGUUUACACAUAGAUGAAUACGAGGGAAAUAAAAUUUAUGUACCUCACAUCCUUGACCUUGGCAACAAAAAUUGUGAAUUAAAAUAUUAAGUCACAUAACUGUAAAGAUAGCUUUGGUUUCAUAACUUUUUUUUUUUCAACAUUGGUACAAUGUAUCUUGCUUUUCUUAAUGUAGUAUGUGGAAAUAAAAUAUAUGAAAAUAGGGUGUAUUGCAAUUAAAAGAUUAACCUACAUAAAUGGAAUAUAAAAAAAUUUUUUAAAGAAUAAUAAUUGCUUCGAGGGGCAAUAUUUUAUGAUCUAAAAUACCUAACAACUAUCAUUGUUGCAUUUGAUAGACUGUUAUAAUUAUAUGAGGGAUCUGAUGAAUUGGUUAUAUGUGUAGAGACUACUAAAUCUGGAGGCUCAAUAGUAGACAGUUGUGAUUUUUUUAAUUAUUUUCUUAUCUUUGUGCUUAACAUCAGAACCCCCUCUUCUUUGGAAAUAGGAGAGGGCUUGUGAGUCUGAAGGUUGAGGUACUACUAAAAGCUUGAUACUUUUCCAUAUUCUUGGCAGCCAAGGCACAGGUAUAUGAUCUAAGAUAGAUCAGUUGACCAUCCUUGCCCCUAGUUGUUGUAUAGGGAAUAGUGUUACAAGGAAGGAAUAAGAGAUUAGAAUUAGUGCCAGUGGCCUUCCAUUGCCCCACUGUGUCCGGGUCAAGUGUCCAGCAGUAGUGGCCCCUUAACCAGGCUGUACCUUGGCCAUGGAUCCAGCCAUCUAGCUUCCCAAGCUAUCUGGUAUCCAUCCAGGAAAUUGUUUAUCUAUUUAAGGACACCAAAAAUAGUUUCAGAUUUUACGUAACCACUACAAUCAGUCUUUAGAGUUGUGGAAAACUAUUAGCAGCCUAAGGAUGCCUCAGGACUGAUCUACAGGCUGUGCAAUUUUUUUAAGUAAUGAUAAGAGGCCACCUGACUAAGCUCUAGGAGGCAAAGUCCGUAUCUGGCUUGAUUACUGUGGUAUACCCAGCUCCUAGAUCAGUGCCCCAGCAAACGUGUUCAGUAAACUUUUGAUUUUGACUUGAAUGAAUAAAAUUGUAACACCCACCUAUAGGCCUCCUCGAUUUAUUUUAGAUUUUUGGAUCCUAAUUGCUUUUAAUGUAGAUUUUUCCUCAGAAUGGAAAAGAACUCAAAGUGAUUACACUAAGGUUUUAAAUUCAGGUAAAUAGCAGGUUGUUUUUUCAGUAGCAGAAAUGAGGAAAGAGAUUAGGUUUCUGUUGUGAUAAAUCAAACCUUUUAAAUGCUAAGGCUUUUAUAUUUUCAUGUACAGGUUAAACAGGUUGUGUCAAUCACUAGAAAGCUUUGUAUUUGUUUGAAAAUUACAACAGUUCCUCCUCCUGAACUUUGAUCCAGCAAAGACAAUUUAUCUAACAACCUCUGAUCAUCACAGGAACACUUGUAUGAAGAAUGUUCUUUAGUUUUUUAAAAAUGUUUUUGCAUAUGUGACUUAUUUAAGCUUUCAACAUGCUUAGAAAACUUUUUAUUAUCCUGCUUUUGUUGUUUGUGACUCUGGGAGAAGAAAGGAAAUCGUUUCUCAGUUUUCUGAAUAUAGAAAAGACUGAAAUACUACUUUUCACAAAGACUGAAGAAAUUAUUAUAAGAUCAAGUUACAGAGAUAAACAGCCAAAUUCCAGCUACCUCUUUGUGCAAUCAGAAGACCCUAAAAUGCUACAAGUGGUGAAUGUGACAAAGACCUUAUCGGACAUUACAAACUUUACCAUAAACCUAGCGGCUGAUGAAGAUGGAGAGACAAAUUUGACCAUUCAACUAUGGGAUUCUGAAGGUAGGCAAAAAAUACUAAUUGAAGAAAUAAAGAAUGUUAAAGUCAAAGUGCUCAAACAAAAAGAUGGUCUUUUACAGGCAUCUAUGCACAUCGAUAGAAAUCUUCUAAUGCUUAUUCUACUGAUGAUAUUGUUAAAUAAAUGUGCAUUUGGUUGCAAGAUUGAAUUGCAGGUGUUUCAAACAGUAUGGAAGAGACCUUUGCCAGUACUUCUUACGGCAGUUACACAGUUUUUUCUUUUGCCAUUUUGUGGAUUUCUUUUGACACAGAUUAUGGCACUGCCUGAGGCACAGGCUUUUGGAUUUGUAAUGACCUGCACAUGCCCAGGAGGUGGUGGAGGCUAUCUCUUUGCUCUGCUUCUAGAAGGAGAUGUCACUUUGGCCAUUUUGAUGACUUGCACUUCAACAUUUUUGGCCCUGAUCAUGAUGCCUGCCAAUUCUUAUAUAUACAGUAGGAUGUUAGGGUUAUCGGGUACAUUUCAUAUUCCUGUUUCUAAAAUUAUGUCAACACUCCUUUUUAUACUUAUACCUACAUCAGUUGGAAUAGUCAUCAAGCGUAGAAUACCUGAAAAAGCAAACUUUCUGGAGAGAAUAAUUAGACCUCUGAGUUUUAUUUUACUCUUUGUAGGGAUUUAUUUGACUUUCAGAACAGGACUAAUGUUUCUAAGAACAGUUAACCUAGAGGUGCUUCUACUGGGUGUCCUAGUUCCUGCUUUGGGUUUGUUGUUCGGGUACUCUUUUGCUAAAAUUUCUAUGCUGCCUCUUCCUGUUUGUAAAACUGUUGCUAUUGAAAGUGGGCUACUGAAUAGUUUUUUAGCCCUUGCUAUUAUUCAGCUCUCUUUUUCACAGUCCAAGGCAGAUUUAGCUUCUGUCGCUCCUUUUACAGUGGCCAUGUGUUCUGGAUGUGAAAUGUUACUGAUACUUCUGUUCUACAAGGCUAAGAAAAGAUGUAUCCUUAUCAUAGAAGAUAAAAGGAAAAAACAUCCCCCAGUCUAACAAGGCAUUACUGAAUUCCUACUCUGAAUGAGGUACUGUGGGGAGAUUCAAAGAAUGUCUAAAAUGAUGCCUGCUCUCAACUCAUUUGUGAUCUGAUUGAAAAUUUGACAUUGGGUGAGAAAUAUUUAUAUGUAUAAAAUCCUAUGUGUUAGACACACCCAAUGAGUAGUACAGACAGUUUAAAGGAGAGGGAUUCAAAGGAAGGAGACCACUCUUCAAUGCUGGUUUAGAAAUGUUUCAUAUAGUUGGAUUUUAAUGUGAUACUUUAUUAUGGCCUCUUAAAUAGGAAAGAGCAAUUAUAAAAACAAAAAACAAAAAACUCCUAUAGUGACUGAUAUAUCCCAAGUAUUUACAGAAGGCCUAUCCACAUAAUAAGCAUUCAGUAAAUGCUCACACAGUGACUCAUCAAAAUCAGUAUGUCUUAAACUAAAUGUAGCAUUUCUGCUCUCAUAACUGCAAUUCCUCUCAUCUUCCACAUCUCUCUCUAAAGGUAUUAGUUCACCCUGAAACACAGGAUCAUCUCUUCCCCCUCUUCUCCUUUCUUCCCUCCUUAUUCUUCAUUAUUGUCAAAUUAUUUCCUCUAGAAAUUUUCCUAGAAUAUUAAUCAGUCUCUUCUCCAUUCCCAGCACUACUACUUUUAUUCUAUCCUAUAUUGCUGCUUCCCUAAACCUUUCUUAAGUGGCUUUGGCUUCUCUAUCCAUUCUCCAAUCACUGUCAAAUGAAUCUUCCUAAAAUCUAACUGAUCAUGUGCCUGUUUGCCUUUUGAAUGAAGUUUGUAUUUCUUAGUAAGGCAUUUAUUAUGCUCUACUAUCUGACUUAAUUCUAGCUUUCCAGUUUCAUCUCCUCUCCCACUUCCUUACUCACAGACUUUGCCCCAGUCUAACAGGAUUACUUGGUAUCUUGUGACUGCCUUUGUUCGCACUGUACCUAUUCACACUGUUCCUACAACCUGAGGGGCCUACCUGAUCUCUGUCUAAAUUUUGAUGAUUCUUACAGACCUGGUUCAAAUGUCACCCUUGCCAUGGAAGUUUUUGCUCAUCACCUUAGCUGCCUGUAAAUUAAAUUUUCAUCACAAUUUUUUUAUACUCAUAAUAUUUAGCCAACCUGGCUUGAUAUAGAGCUAUGUUUCUCUCAUAUCCUUCCCCUAUUGCUAUAAGCCAUUAAACAUGAAAAUUAUGAACAUAUAAACAAUAUAAUAUAAUAUAAACAAUAUUCAUUUUGAUACUCCCAGUAAUGUCUACAGCAUUUCCUAUGUGGUGAUUCAAAUAAAGUAUAGAAGCACAGACUAGGGCCCAAAUGAAUAGUAUGCUUGUUUUUAUAUCACUUUUGAAUUUUCAUUGACAAUUUUAGUAUCUAGUUCCAGUAUGUACUCUUCUCCAAAGAGUUUGGGCAUAAAAAAUAAGAACUGUUGCUCUAAAUAAUCCUGCUUCCCACAGUUCCUACCCCUGUAGUUGAAGGCAAAUUGCUUAAUCUCCCUGUAGUAGUUUCCUUGUCUUAACAUGCAGAUAGUAAGGUGAACUCCAUCAGAUUGUCAUGGUAAAUAAAUGAAAACAAACUUACGGUGGCCUUAGAAUAGUGCCUGGCACAUAAUAUGUGCUCAGUAAGUGUUACCUGCUUUAUUAUUUUAUCACAGUUUAAACUGGUUUUGAUCCUGGUAUAUCUGAUGUGGUUUGAAACAUCAAUCUGAUAACUCUGAUGGGGCAUAAAACAUUGAACAUUUUCCUAUCAGUGUUAUUCAUCACCUCACCCAUACUAUUAGGGAAUUAUUGUUUAGUUUGCCAGUUGAUAAGCAACCAGCACCCUUUUUUUUUAGUUUCAUCAAAUCCAGCAUAUGAAUAGCAAAUUCUAUAAAACAUCUGGCUUGGCAUGAUGGUAGAUGGUUAUUAUUCAUUUUAUAAAAUGAUAAUUUCCUAUAUGGGAUAUUGUACUACUGACUCCUUUAAACAGAAGUCUCCAUUAGGGUUUUAAUUAAAGAUAAGCUUACACAAAUUUAACUUACAUAACUUUGCAUGAACAUAUUUUACUGAUUGGGAGACAAGAAAUGGCCUUUUUAGUUGUACUUGAUCAACAAGACAUUUCUGUGCACUUCAGCUUUCAAAUCCAAAAAAUGAAGAGAUUCAGUGAGGUUUAAAAUUUUGUUCAACUACUUAAAUCUGUCAUUCUGGCAUAAAACUCUAGGCUAACACCAUGGACAGGGUGAUGGGAUAAAGUAAAGAAGGUUCUAGUUAUGGGAAUAACCAUAUAUGAAGGUAAUUUUCUAGUUAAGACAGGAACCAAAUUAUGAGCUUCAUGAGGGCAGCAGCCACAUACUAUUUUUUGAAUUUCCUACAAUGUUUAGCACAAUACCUUGAACAGAGUCGCGGCUCAUUAUAAAUUGAAUUAAUUAGUAAUAUCUAUGGAGGUCAAGAUCAUAUACUGUGAAGCCAGACUAUGCUUGGUUCUUCAAUUCCAGCUCUGUCACCAGCUGGAUGACACUGACCAAGCUACUUAAUAUUUCUAUGCCUAAAUUCAUGUAGAAAGUGGUGAUAAUGGUGGUACCUACUUCACAGUAUUAUUGUGAAGACUAAUAUUAAUGUUCUCAGAACACCACCUAACAGAGAAAACUCUAUUAUUAUUGUUAUUCUAUGCAUGUUUGAAUCAUCUUACACCUUAAAAGCAGUUGAAUGGAACUUGGAAUAUAUUUUAUUUCCCUUAUAGAUGUAUUGCAGAAGACUUGAGAUUUGUAAAUAGUAAAAUUUGUCUUAACUUGGAUAGGGAUGAAAUUCCUUGUUAUUUUAUUUUUUUUAAGAAUGGGAGGCAUAAAGCAAGCUGUCUAAUUGGUUGAAUUCAUACCAACCUUUUUACACAUCCAUCUGUGUUUAGAUAAAAGAUGCAGACGAAGAGGGGUAAGCCAAUUUUUUGUUUGUUUUGGUAUCAUUAAUAUACAAUCACAUGAGCGUGAGCAACAUUGUGGUUACUAGAUUCUCUCCAUUAUCA